CUUCAGGAAGUACAGUUUCCAGCGUACAGUUGCAGUCGCGGCUGCACAGGUGGACAUGGAGAGUCUGCAGGAUGAAGACGAGGUGUUACGGCUGGUGGAGAAAUACUGCAACCUCAGGUUACCAGUGGCAUAUUUCCAGGGACCCGGAGGACCAGAGAGCUCUUUAGUCUCGUCACCCAGAAAACCAUCACCAAAAAAAACAUGUCUUCUUCGAAUACCCUCCUCGGACAUAGAGUCUGACUCCUUCAAUCGUUCUGGAUCUCCAAAAGAAGCCCAGAAUGUCCCGAUUCAGCUGGUGAAGAUCGCCGAGUCGGCACCAAUCACCGGGCAGAACCUCCAGACACAAGACGAGAUCAUCCGGAGACUCGUCGAGCUGAUGAUAACACUUGGAGAUGACAUUAAUAUGAAGCUCAAACAGAACCCGGCCCUGCAGCAGCAGCUCCAGAACCUGAACUACAACCUGUUUGAAAAGCUGACUUGCACCGUGCAGAACCUGGUGGCGCCACCGGGCCAGGCGGCAUGCUCAGACGGGCUGGUCCAGAAGCAGAGGAUCGCCUGGGCCUUUGAGGUGACUAGCAGACUGUCCUCCGUCACUGUGGUCCACCGGAGGGCGGUACAGCAGUUCGGAGCCCGAUACAUCGCAGAGAACCACGCUGGCUGGGUCCAGCAGCAAGGAGGCUGGGAGGAAGCUUUUGACUGAACAGCGGAUCUGUCAGACAAAGAAGACGAAACUGUGAACGACUUGAAGAUAUUUAUUUUGUAUUAAGAUAUUCCUCUGAAGGUUUUGAAAUAAACUGAUCGU